CGGACUUCACGACAUGGUCAUCGACAUACUCAGGCAUCGACGAAAGUCAAAGCUGACAAGAGUCUCUGACAUUUGGACAGCCGGAAAAGCAGACGACAUGCAUGAUUCAGGAGCGGAAUCGGUCACGUACGGGGCGGGGAGGCCAGGCGGCUGCCUCGCGCUGCGGCGCCGCCACGGCUGGGGUGUCGCCCCUGCGCCCUGCAGCGCCCGCUACAGGUUCAUCUGUCAGAGAGCGGUGCGCGUUUGCGGCAGUCCGGCCCAGCAGGCAGGGCUCUCUUACGCCCAGGCCCAGCCGAGAGUGGAGGGCGAAGUCAUUAACGUGACCUGCGACGACCCGGCGCGGACCUCUGGCCACAUCCGGUGCAGUGCCCACAAGUGGACUCGGCCGCAUUUCUGCGACGUCCAGCUGGAAACAACGCCUGUGACGAUGCUGGAGAGUCUUCCUGACAGCCCAAUGCCGAAAAACAAACACUACCUGGGCGCCAUCAUUGGCGGCGUUGUGGGCGGCGCUGUCGUGCUGGCCGUGCUAGCCGUCUUGCUGGUCUGCAACGCCAGGAGGCGAGACGACAAGCUCGCCUCGGAGCCGUACAACUUCAUGGAGUUCUGGGGACUCAACCACAACCCCAUCUACAAGUCCGAUGAGGAGGAGCAUGUGUACAGUGAGGUUGGCGGAGGGGAGGCUAUCUACGAGGAGCCCAGCUUCUCAGCGAGCUACCGAAAGCCUCUGCCGGUGGAGCCGCCACCGCUGCCCGGCUCUCACCCGAGCGUCAGCACGAUGGAGACCGACGUGACCGUCUCGCUGGCCCAGGACGAGUCCGACUAUGAGGUCUUCUCAACUUUGGACGCGUCCAAGCCCAUCGCCAAGGACUUGUCUGCCACGAAUUCAACCGCGCGCGAUAGUCGGGCGCCGUCCGUGUGCGGUGAUGCGACGCACGACGAGGAUGAGUAUUCAGUGCCGCUCGUGGCUGGCCGGCUGCCAGCCGGCCACACGGAAAACUCCAGCCUCGAGAGGCUGCCGAUAGAUGUCGGGGUUGUCGCGGCGCCCCAUAAGGGCGAGCCGACGCCGCUCGGGUCGGAGGCCAGGCGAGUGCCCGUACACGCUGCCGUACGACCCCAAAGCGGACGAGGUAGCGGACGACGCAGAGGCGCGCAGGAGCAUCCCUGACGUGGCCGUGACGGCGAUGAUGCGGGAGGAGCUGGACACCGACUCCUGACCGUGCCGGAGCCCUUGUUACGCGCGGUCAACGGUGUUUUGAAGCCCAUGACUGCGCCUCUUGAAUGUGUACGGUGCGUGGCGUGCUGAAUUCGUGCUCUCGAGCUUUGCGACCCGCGCGUCGUGAUGAGUGUCCUAACAACUGAGGAAUGCUCCGCUGCGAGGUUGCUAGUGAUGCCGGUGUGCGCUCCAUGCAGAGUGACUUGUGAUCAGCGUUUGUGGUCUUUGGUUGGCUUCCUAGUUAGGUGUGACGCUCCUGCAACACCUGACGGGUGUGCUUCCAGCCAAGGCUCUAACUGUUCGCUGCACGGAUGUGUUUCGCUUUUUGCUCAUGAGCGCAUACUGAGCUCAGCGCGUUGAUGAAGGCGCCGCGCCAUUUUGUUUUCACGGGUUGCAUCUGGCUGGAUGCUCCCUUAGAAAUGACGUCAAUGUAUCGACGGAAACGAAGCAGGGAAUGCGAAAGCCUUCACUGCAGUGAGCUGUGAUAAUAUGUCGCAAUGGAAUAUACUCCUCAGGUCGUGAAGGCCACCUAGAGUACAUCCGUCAACAGUCAUGAGCAAGUCGUUGUAUGCGGUUAAUAUAUG